UUGUACAUGCACGCAUGUAUUUGUUAUUGUUUUAUUUUGCAAAUUAAUUGAAAUAACAUGUUUUAUUUAUUCUUGUUCUAGCCUUGAAUGUUUCUUAUAUUCUUAGGACACCAUGUUGACUUUAAUAUCCUUUUCAAAUCGGAUACCCCUUUGCAAAACACAACUUUUACGAGCAGUGUUCUUGUCUUCUCAACCAGAACAAGCACCUAAAAAGAAUCUAGGAAAAUUAGUAAACGUGGCUAUUAUUGGGGCGCCGAAUUCUGGAAAAAGUACUCUUAUUAAUAAGAUCGUAGAAAGAAAAACUUGUGCCGCUUCUAAUAAAGUGCAUACUACAACGAGGCUUGCAAGAGCUAUAUGUUAUUCGAAUGACACACAAAUAGUUUUCCUGGAUACACCUGGUGUCGUUAGUAGUAAAGAGCAGAAAAAAUACAAACUUCCGGAUUCUAUGCUAGCAGCAUGCCAUAAAAGCCUCAGAUGUGCCGAUGUGAUAGGUGUUCUGCAUGAUGUGUCAAAUCGCUACACCAAAGAUAGUCUCCACCAGAAUGUUGUUACGAUGUUGAACUUAGCUGAGGGAAUACCUAGCUUCCUUGUACUGAAUAAGGUGGAUAAAUUAAAUUCAAAAAAACAAUUGUUGGCCAUAAUUAGGAAUAUAACAAAUGGUUUUAUUGCUGGCAAUCCAAUACCUGGAGCUGAGAAAAACAUUAAGAAAAAGCAGGAGAGAGGAUAUAGUCACUUUUCUGAUGUCUUUAUAAUUUCUGCUUUAAAUGGUGAUGGUGUUAAGGAAAUCAAGGAUUACCUAAUCACAAAUGCCAAACCGGCCGCCCUGCACUUCCAGCCAACAGAGUUUACUGAUCAAUCUCAUAAGACUCUUAUAGAAGAGGCAGUGAGAGCGAAAUUCCUCGAUUUCUUAGCACAGGAGAUUCCCUAUAAUUUAAAUAUCCUUUUGGAAUAUUAUGAGGAGGAUGAAGAAGAUAAAAUUAUCUGCUCAGUGAUUGUGGAAUGUCCUACGGAGAGAAUAAUGAGGUUAAUAAGCGGCGCGGGAGGCGGUCGCUUGCAGCAAAUCAAAUCGAGCGCAAGAAACGAUCUAAUGGAGCUAUUCAAAAAAACAGUAAUAAUGGAUUUGCAGUUGAAAGUAAAAUCGAAACCAGUGUCUGAUAUGAUCUAGUUUUAAAUUAGUUAUAUGUAAUUGUAGAUAAACUGUAUUUAUAACCGAAAUUGUAUAAUAAAAAUCGUAAUUUUA